GGGUUGAUCAGAGUUGAAGUGCACGCGUUGAGCGACGGUUAUGAGUCCGUUUCUGUUUCCUUCUGGAUCUGAUUCUGAUGAAUAUGUGAGAUUAACGGCUAUUAACGGGACUGACUGUCGGUCUCCAGUUCCGAUCGAGUCUUCAUGAUCAAAGAAUCCGCGGAGUGAAGUGUACAUGGCUUUGACGGCGUUUGUUACCAUGGAGACAUCGUCAUGUGUGAAUGUAUCUCAUGUGAACAGCGACACGGCAUCAGAGAAACAGACGUGUAGUGCCGCCCUGCUGGUUCAUCUGUACAACUGUAGAGAUGACACGAGUGUUCUGACGUACCCGCCGGGAGAAUACAUCGCAGAAGAGAUCUGCAUCAGCGCAGCCAAAGAGUGUGGUGUGAGUCCCAUGUACUGCAGUCUGUUUGGACUGAUGAGAGAGAGAGACCGUGUCUGGUGUCCGCCCAAUCACAUCUUCAAGAUUCAACCAUCCACCAAUGAGGCGCUUCUGUUCAGAAUCAGGUUUUAUUUUCCAGGCUGGUAUGGGAGUGGGUCAGACUGUGCCCGCAGGUACGGGGUAACCAAGAGUUCAGAGGCACCUGUGCUCGAUGACAUCACAAUGGCUUACCUGUUUGCACAGUGGCGGUGUGAUUUUCUGAGCGGUGCUGUGAGUGUUCCAGUCAGUCUGGAGUUUCAGGAAGAGUGUCUUGGAUUGGCUGUUCUUGAUAUGAUGCGACUGGCCAAAGAGAAAAGCAGGUCACCUGUUGACAUCUGCAACCACAACAGUUAUAAGGAUUUCCUCCCUCAAAACAUGCGUGCUCACAUUCAGAAGCAGCACUUUGUGACCCGGAAGAGGAUCCGUUUCCGCUUCAGGAAGUUCAUCGAGCAGUUUGGUGCCUGUCGAGCCGCACCAUCAGACCUGAAGCUCAAAUAUGUGGUCAGUCUAGAGACGCUGCAGUCCGCUUUCUACACCGAACGAUUCCACGUCAACGAACCGUCUGCAGGAAAUGUCACCAUCAUCGUCAGUGGCAACCACGGCAUCCGAUGGUCCCGAGGGAAAGAGGCGAGCGAUGGAGAGGAUCUGCAGGUUUACUGUGAUUUCUCUGAUGUCAUUGAUAUCAGUAUAAAGCAGGGCACUAAAGACGGAUCAAUUGAGAACCGAAUUGUCUCCAUAAACAGACAAGACAGUCAAACACUGGAGUUAGAGUUUCAUUCUCUGUCAGAAGCGUUGUCGUUCGUCUCUUUGAUUGACGGCUACUACAGACUCACUACAGAUGCACAUCAUUAUCUGUGUAAGGAGGUGGCACCACCUAGACUGCUGGAGGCCAUUCACAUCAACUGUCACGGUCCAGUGUCGACGGAGUUUGCCAUCAGCCGUUUGCGGCAUUGUGAAAAUCAGCGAGGCGUUUAUAUCUUGCGCUGCAGCCCUAAAGAUUACGACAAAUACUUCCUGUCAUUCGCCAUUGAGUGUGAAGGUCAGCUGCAGUUCAAACACUGUCUGAUCAUUCGCUCUCAGUCGGGUGAGUUUGUGCUCAAUGGAGCUAAAUGCAGUUUUGGGAGUUUGAGUGAAUUACUGCAGCGUUACCAGAAGGAGGCGCUCCGCUCCGACACACACGUGUUCCAGUUCAGCUGCUGCUGUCCACCGCGGAGCAAAGAUAAAUCAAAUCUUCUGGUGUGCAGGAAUAAUCAAACAUCAGACGCGAGUCUCGCACCAUCUGUAUUUAAACACAUCAAUCAAAUGAUCUUCCACAAGAUCCGUAAAGAAGAUCUACAGAUUAUGGAGAAUUUGGGUCAGGGAACGUUCACUCAAGUGUUUCGUGGCGUUCGGAGAGAAGUGGGAGAUUACAGAGAAAUCCACAAGAUGGACGUUGUGUUGAAAAUUCUGGAUAAAAGCCAGCACAACUACACAGAGUCGUUCUUUGAAUCGGCGAGCAUGAUGAGUCAGUUAUCACAUAAGCACCUGCUGUUCAAUUAUGGCAUCUGUGUGUGUGCUGAUGAACACAUCAUGGUGCAGGAGUAUGUGCGCUUUGGUUCUUUGGACACGUACCUGAGACGAAACCGCAACUCCAUCAACAUCACGUGGAAGUUGGAGGUGGCCAAACAGCUGGCGUGGGCGCUCCAUCACCUGGAGGAAAAAAACAUGAUACACGGAAACGUUUGUGCCAGGAACGUUCUGGUGACCCGAGAAGAAGAUCGAAAGACCGGAACGCCCCCGUUCAUAAAACUCAGUGACCCGGGCAUCAGUAUCACUGUCCAACACAGAGAAUUUCUGGUUGAACGGAUCCCGUGGGUUCCGCCGGAGUGUGUGAGAGACAGUAAGAACUUGAGUUUGGCAACAGAUAAGUGGAGUUUUGGAACCACGCUGUGGGAAAUUUACUGUGGUGGAGAACAUCCACUUGCGGCAUACGACUGCUCAAAGAAACUGUUGUUUUAUGAAGACAAACAUCAGCUUCCAGCUCCUAAAUGGACAGAACUGGCUAAUGUGAUAAACAGCUGUAUGGAUUAUGAGCCGCUACACCGACCGUCAUUCAGAGCGCUUAUUAGAGACCUCAACAGUCUCUAUACACCAGACUAUGAGUUGUUGGUGGAGAGUGAGAUGGUUCCAAACAGGAAUCGAGCUUUGGGUUUUUCUGGAGCAUUUGAGAAUCAAGAACCAGGUCAGUUUGAGGCCAGACAUCUGAUUUUCCUCCAGCUACUGGGAAAGGGUAAUUUUGGUAGUGUGGAGAAAUGUCGUUACGACCCGUUGCAGGAUAACACCGGUGAGGUUGUUGCAGUGAAGAAGCUGCAGCACAGCAACGCUGAACACCUGCGAGACUUUGAGCGAGAGAUCGAGAUUCUGCGAUCGCUGCAGCAUGAGAACAUUGUCAAAUAUAAGGGCGUUUGUUACACUGCAGGUCAUAAGAACUUGCGGCUGAUCAUGGAAUAUUUGCCAUUCGGUAGUUUGCGAGAUUAUCUUUCCAAAAAUAAAGAGCGAUUUGACCACACGAAACUACUGCUGUAUGCCUGUCAGAUCUGUAAGGGAAUGGACUAUCUUGCAUCCAAGCGUUACGUCCACAGAGACUUGGCCACACGAAACAUUCUAGUGGAGAGUGAAUUUCGGGUGAAAAUCGGAGACUUUGGGUUGACGAAAGUUCUUCCUCAGGAUAAAGAAUAUUAUACCGUUCGUGAACCGGGUGAAAGCCCCAUAUUCUGGUACGCUCCAGAGUCUCUUACGGAGAGUAAGUUCAGCAUCUCUUCAGAUGUCUGGAGUUUUGGAGUUGUUCUGUACGAACUUUUUACAUACAGCGACAAAAACUGCAGCCCUCCAACUGUGUUUAUGUAUCAAAUGGGGGAGGAUAAACAGGGUCAGAUGAUUGUUUAUCACUUGAUCGAUCUGCUCAAACGAAACUAUCGUCUGCCACCUCCAGACGAGUGUCCUGCUGAGAUUCAUGCGUUGAUGUCAGAAUGUUGGGCGACAGAGCCGAGCGAGCGGCCCACGUUCAAAACUCUCGCUCAGAGAAUCGACACGAUCCAGGACCGCAACAACGGAUGCUAUGAUCAUCAACACGCCUGCAGCAGAGCGUCUCCGAUCAGAAGCACCAACAUUCAAAAGAACACCAACAUCUGCUGAUGCUUCACAUCGCUGUGUCACCUGACACACGCAUCAAUGUUUAAAACGGGAAAAUUCCUUGGGGAUGAGAACAUUAAAAACCAGAAAUAUUUGAAGGCUUUUCUUUGUUUCUUCUUGAGUAUUCUGGCAUGUCGUGUUUUCCACUACAGGAUCUGCAGCACUUUCCUCUCAAGAUCCUCAUAUACGAGGAAGAUCUCCUCUGUUCUGCUCUGUUCAGUUUUGUGCUGGUAAACAGCCACUGGUGCACAUGUGGACUGAUGUGAGAAGUUCAAGAAGCACAACUUCUGUCUGUGUUUUUAGAUUUUAUGUCUCAUUUUUCAUCUUCAGUGUGAUGAUCUGAUCAGACUGUACAAACCCAUUUACACAACAGCAGGUUUUACACGUGCAUCAAAUAAAACUACAACUGUUACCAACAGUAAUGGCUUCAAACGUCCUGCAGGUUGACAUGCUGUACUCCAUAUAAAACUCUUUUCAUAGUUGUACAUUACACAUGCUGUUAUUACGUGCUCAUAUUAAGAGACUAGUAUGAGACUUACACAGAAUUAUUUGUAGUUUUAAACAUUCAUAUGUCUCAUUGCAGGACUAUUUAAUUGAACUGCAAAGAAACUAAAAGCGGAUGAUGAAAUGAUAAACUUGUUACAACAUUUCAGGUCAUGAAGAUCAUCAUCCUGCGCACAGGUCAGACUCAAAGCUUCUUGUUUUUUGUGGUGUUUUGGAGCGACAGCUGCACACCCGAUGACUGGAUGGUCAGAUUUCAAACCUUUUUUGUUGUUGUGUCUGCGACUGAUCUAGUGCUUCUUAUUGCAGAGUUUAAACUUUAAACAAGGGCAAUAAGCUUCUGCCUUGUAGUGUGCACUAGGGUUAAAAUAUACACUUUCCAUUAUACAUAAUUUUAACCUAAAAUAUUGAUGCUUUAAAUUAAUGUCCAUGUUAUUCAUCAGCAGCCUAAAUAUGCAUCUGCAAAUGUAACAUAAGAACAUUGUGUUUGAUAUUUAGACAGUAUUUUUUGAAGUGCCUUUCCUCAUCAAGUUGCAUUGUUGCUUAGCAACCGUGUCUGACGUUUCCUACAUUAACUUAAAACUUUCCUUGGAUGUUAAAUGAAAGACUGCAUCAGUUUAAUUCAACUUCCUGUUUGCUUAUUUUUGUUUGUGGUUUAGCUCUAUUUAGUGUUGCUGAUUGUUUUUGUUUUUUUUAUUAAAAUUAUUUUUUAAAUAGUAAAUCACCAUUACGGUGAUAAGUGUUCUCUUUAGUUGGGCACUUGAACAUGUUUUAUAUUAAAGUUUUUCCUGGAAGUGCAAACUUCACAACUUUUGUACACAUAUGAAAAAUAAACUCAAACUUAUAAUAAUCGAA